CCGAGCAGCAAGCACGCGUCGUCUGCCGCUCCACCACAACACACCACCCCCCGCCCUGCUGAAAGUGAAACUGCCGUGGCGAAGCCGAAGUUUUGAAACCAAACAUGGCCGGAGUAACGCCCCAAGUCCUGGCGCUGGUCCUCCUGGGUGUGGUCAGCGCCACCUACCUCGAUGGACCUCCGGCUCCGGUGUCCAACCAGAUCUCCUCCGUUCGUAGCGGAGGAUUUGGUGGUGGUAACGGUGGAGGUCCUGGAGGAUUCGCUGGCGGAGGCCAAGGAGGUUUCGGCGGUGGCGGAAAUGGCAAAUAUGGAGGAGGAAGUGGAGGAUUCGGUGGCAGUGUGGGAGGUGGAAAUGGCGGAUACACUGGCGGCGGUGGAGGAUUUUCCGGAGGAAGCAACGGAGGCUUCGGAGGGGGCAGUGCAGGUCAUGGUGGUGGCAGCGGUGCAGGCGGAAGUGGAGGAUUCGGUGGCAGCGGAGGAUAUGGUGGAGGCGGUGCAGGUGGAAGAGGAGGAUUUGGUGGCACCGGAGGAUAUGGUGGAGGCUCCGGUGACCCCAUUGCUGACCUAGCGGCUGCCAUUGGUGGAGGUGGUGUCCCUGGCAAAGAUUACCCUAUUCUGGCCUAUGUCCCAAAUACCGGCUUUUCCUGUGACGGUCAACUACCCGGCUACUAUGCUGACACGGCCCCAGAGGCCGGAUGUCAGGUAUUCCACAUCUGCCAAGCUGGUGGAAGGAUGGACUCUUUCCUCUGUCCCAACGGCACCAUCUUCAACCAGCAGUACUUCGUGUGUGACUGGUGGUACAACUUUGACUGUUCCACCGCCCAGCAGUUCUACGGUCUCAACGCAGAAAUAGGAAAAUCAAGCUACAGUGGUGGAAACGGUAACGGCAACAGUGGCUACAGUGGCAGUGGUGGAGGAUUCGGGUCUGUUGUCAACCAACAGGGACAGGGCUACAGUGGCAAUGGCGGAGGAUUUGGGUCUGUUGUCAACCAACAGGGACAGUUCUCUAACGGUGUUGGGGGAAGCGGAAAUGUUGGCGCUCCUUCACAGUCUUACGGAGCACCGGCCAUUAACGGCAACGGCAGAGGUGGCAACAGAAACCUUGGCUUCAACAGCGGUGCCGGUGGCAGGAACGGUGGCACUGGCAACCGGAAUAUCCAACCUCCAUCUGCCCUCUAUCAACUACCUACCAAAUAUAUAUUAAAUGUUUCCGCCAUGCUGAGAACAAGAGGAACGUACAAAUGUCUCCGUCAUGCUGAGAACAAGAGGAACGUACAAAUGUCUCCACUUACGGUGGGACUCAAGAAGAAGGGAAAAACGAGGGAUGGGAGAAGAGCUCAUUACUUCAUGAAUAGGUUCAGGACCUUUAGGAGCCCUAAGGUGACCUUGCCGCUCCUGUGUAUAUAUAUGCCGCCAUCCACCGGCACCACCACACACCCGGCGCUGCCUUCACCACACACACACACACACGCCUCGCUUACUGCCGCGUAUCUUACUGGAAGUGAAGUGAUAAACGUACUGCAAGAUCUUCCAAACAUGGCCGGAGUGAAUCAGAAUGUUGUGAUGAUGGUCCUCCUGGGUGUGGUCAGCGCCACCUACCUCGAUGGACCUCCGGCUCCGGUGUCCAACCAGAUCUCCUCCGUUCGUAGCGGAGGAUUUGGUGGUGGUAACGGUGGAGGUCCUGGAGAAUUCGCUGGCGGAGGCCAAGGAGGUUUCGGCGGUGGCGGAAAUGGCAAAUAUGGAGGAGGAAGUGGAGGAUUCGGUGGCAGUGUGGGAGGUGGAAAUGGCGGAUACACUGGCGGCGGUGGAGGAUUUUCCGGAGGAAGCAACGGAGGCUUCGGAGGGGGCAGCAGAGGAUAUGGUGGAGGCUCCGGUGACCUCAUUGCUGACCUAGCGGCUGUCAUUCCUGGAGGUGGUGUCCCAGGCAAAGAUUACCCUAUUCUGGCCUAUGUCCCAAAUACCGGCUUUUCCUGUGACGGUCAACUACCCGGCUACUAUGCUGACACGGCCCCAGAGGCCGGAUGUCAGGUAUUCCACAUCUGCCAAGCUGGUGGAAGGAUGGACUCUUUCCUCUGUCCCAACGGCACCAUCUUCAACCAGCAGUACUUCGUGUGUGACUGGUGGUACAACUUCGACUGUUCCACCGCCCAGCAGUUCUACGGUCUCAACGCAGAAAUAGGAAAAUCAAGCUACAGUGGUGGAAACGGUAACGGCAACAGUGGCUACAGUGGCAGUGGUGGAGGAUUCGGGUCUGUUGUCAACCAACAGGGACAGGGCUACAGUGGCAAUGGCGGAGGAUUUGGGUCUGUUGUCAACCAACAGGGACAGUUCUCUAACGGUGUUGGCGGAAGCGGAAAUGUUGGUGCUCCUUCACAGUCUUACGGAGCACCGGCCAUUAACGGCAACGGCAGAGGUGGCAACAGAAACCUUGGCUUCAACAGCGGUGGCGGUGGCAGGAACGGUGGCACUGGCAACCGGAAUAUCCAACCCCCAUCUGCCCUCUAUCAACUACCUACCAAAUGAGCUCGAGAUUUAUGAUGAUAAUUUUAUGCUUUCGUCACAAAUAUUUUCGUCAAUAAGUUAUCAUAGUAAUUCUUUAUAUACGUUAUAAAACCUAAUUUUCUUCUUGAUGUCUGAUAACAUAUAUCAUUUCAAAACAGAUACAAACUUCCUUUGCAGAUGUUGAUGACAUAAUUCUCUGCCCAAGAAGAUUUAUAUUCAUCGACUAUGAUAAUGUUACUUAAUACUAGCUGUACAUACUUGCCAAUUAUUCUCCUCUUAGUUUAACAAAUUUUGAAUUAUUUGCCUUAAUAGGAAGUUAUAAAGUGCGGUCUUACUCCGGUGCCAUACGACAGAAAUGAGAAUUUUUAUUUUAUUUUACACUUGAACUA